AUGGAUGAAACAAGGACAUUACUCAGUGGGAUCCAGGGAUUAAGAGAGACACUGCAGUCAGAAGAGAAAGGUCUACAUCACAUCCGACAGAAACUGCAGAACUGGGCUGAGCUGGGCCACGCGAUAAUGGGAAAUAUCUGGUGCAACUUCACUCCUGCCAUGAGGCCUCACUCAAAGGGGAAGGAAAUGGGAGGGCAGAUUGUCAUCACAGAAUGGCGUUGCCUUAUUUGGGACUGUACUAACUUUAAUCCUCCUGACACAUGGCAGAACACUGCACUGUUCCACACUGAACUUGAUCAGCUCUACGCAGCUGCAAUGAAGAGGAGGAAAAGGUUGGCAGAAGAUAAUGCCACUUUAGUUCAGCAGGAACUGAUGAGGAUGGAGCGAGAAUUGCAGCAACAAAAGGUCCUUUGUGAAUUCCGUAAGGUGUCUCAGUUGAAACUGGAUGGAUUGGAAAAACGUUAUCGCAAGUUACUGCAGGAGGCUAUUCAGGAUGCAGUACAGCUCUCUGCCCAGAAACAGCAACUGGAGUUAGAAAAGAAACUCUUAAAACAGAGAAUUGCUGAGCUCUGUGACCAGCUGUCUGCAACUAAACAGCAAGAGGUGACACCUCACCCAGGGGAUGGGGAGACAGGCAGUCAUCAAGAUGAAUUUCCUCAAUGAGGCCGGUCAAUUGACAGGUAGGACACACACAAUGGACUGCCUUAUGAUAGUGGUCUUCGAAAAGAUAAAGGCCAUGUUUGUGUUAUUUAAAAUUGUGGACUGAAAUGAGAAAAAAUUGCUUUAAAACCAGUAUUUUAAAGAUUGCUGCAUCUUUUGCAAAGCAAGUAACUUGACCCUCAUGGCAAACACCAUUUAUACAGCUGCUUGAACAAGCAGUAAUUGAAGUUAGUUUGCAGACAAACUGGAGGUG